CGUUGACAUCAUCCCGCGAUGUAUCCCUUUAAGCUUGCGCCCAUUGUUCUGGGCUGGAUCGUUGUAACUGCUGUCAUACGGCAAGGCGCCCCCAGACUGACUUUCAAGGCCGGCGACUGCAGGUACGACAGAUCGGUUUUCUCCAACUUUACCAUCCAAAUUAUCAAAACCAAAGUGAUGAUGGACAUGAUUUUGGUCACCACUUUGCGGCAGGGCCUUAAGGCGCACUUGGACUUCGAGUUUCGUCUUUCUAAGGGCAAGCCCUAUCAGAGUGUUUACCAGCACGACAUGAACUACUGUGCCCUCAUCAAGGGCUCCCAGGAGUCGAUUUAUCGGCGAUGGUUCAAUUCCAUGUUGAAAGUGGGAAACUUUGCAACGAGCUGCCCAAUAAAGGGGGGCUACUACUACCUGCAUGGCUGGACCCUGGAUGCGAACUAUGUGCCCUCCUUUCUCUAUCUGGGUGACUACCGAAUCGGCGGAUCGUUCUUCUAUGGCAGGUUUAAGAAGCAGUCGGACAAUCCCCUAGUGGAGUGCAGUGUAGAAGCCGUGCUGAACUGAAGCUGUGAGGGGUUAUGGUGGCGAACGAUCACCAAGUUUACAAUUGAUAGUCAGGCUCCAAUAGGCUGGAUAAUUAAUAUAUUUUGCAAACUCGAAAACAUUUAUUGAAACAGUUCCCUUGAU